AAAAACGAGGAUUUUUAGCCAUGUUUGGUUGCUUUUUCGAUGAAAAUUGUCUCUCCCACUUUGUUGGCAAACGAGGCCUACACACCUCCCUAGAGCGAAAAAGCCAGCAAUUGCACUGCUUACACCCUAUUAAUUUAAGAACAAAUUUAGAGCAAUCAACACAGAUAAAGUAUUGAAAAUGCAUAUUAAAUAAUUGCACAAUAAUAUAACUAAAUAAAUUUGUUAGAUUGUAUUUAUGGCCUAGCUCCUAAUUGGUUUUGAUCACGAAUGCUACGAAUAUUUCUACAUAUAAGUGUCCUUUCCAUGAUGACACAUUGAAUUGAAACCAAAUCCAAGAAGGAAUGGUUAUCAACGUCACAACAGCAUUUUUUUGAUAGGGUUUCCUGUAAGAAGCCAUAGUUAUGCUUGUUACCAGACCACUGUUUGCGCCUCAGUGUGCGGUGAGGUCUUUUUCAUGCAAAACAAUCGGAGACGUUAGAUUCAUUUGACCAAGGCUCAGAGACCGACGUCACCCAUUAUAAAUUUGUAAAUAAUCUUGCUUGGAAAACAGUGGGAAUGGCAGAGGGAAUUGAAGUGCGAUUUUUGGGCAAAUUAACGUAUUAUGCUGUAUUUGUAUAUCUCUUGUUCAUACUAGGCCUUCUCAUCGUGUGCAGACAGCGGUACAAAUCACGAACGGAACGUAGGAAAUCGAAAAUAUCUGACCAGGAAGGGUCAGAAAGGAAAGAUACAGGAGAAAUGGGCUUGAAACACAGUAAAGGAAAAGGAACCCAUGAUAAGGAGAAUAACAUCAGGAGAAGGAAGGACCCUCCUCUCAAAGAUAUUGAUAAUGGCGAGAUCAGGCCUAGAUCGAUCCAUAAAGAUGGCAACCAGAAUAUGUCUGCCAAAGGUCAGUUAGCUGCUGAAAAGUUUGUCAGUCGCGAGGAAACUUGUGAAUGCGCCAACGAUGUUUGCAAGGAAAAGCCUAGAGAAUGUGCGGAAGUUUUCUUGCUGGACAAGAACAUGACUUCCAUUACCGAACAAAUAAAUAUUGGACUCCAAGAAGAUAUUUUGGAACCGGAAAGUUUUACGAGGUGUCUCACUUCCGGAAUCUAUGAUGAUAUAAAAAAUGAAACUGUAAGCGAUCCAGGUAAAAUUGUGGAUGACAGCAAACUUGACGGGUUUGAAAUGGGACUAACAGAAACAAGGACUUGCGUGGAUGGUGACAAAUCGCGUUCGGUUUGGACUAACAGUGAAAUUGACGCCACGGACAGGAACCAUGACGAUAGACCCAACACGAGGAUAAGUGAAGAAGAAACGUGCAAUGUCGUUGAACAUAUUUUGGAUGACUUGAGCAUGCAUGUAGAAGCAAACGUAUCAGUUUCUGUUUGCAAAAAUUUUGAAAAGGCAAACAUGUUAGAUUCCUUUGCAAACAAAACAACAUCUUGUAUCUUUAGCGAUGUUUUGGAUGAUUUAAAAAAAAGUUCAACCUUAGCUGACAUUCGUAAACAAAUAUUUGUAAACGAAUUGACAAAUGACUGUUUAGAAAACAUGAAAGAAGACAGUCAUGUUUUUGGGAAGAUAGAAAGGUACGCAGACAGAUUAGCCCAAGACAUUAUUUAUGGGGACUUAGCUGAAGACAAAUCCACAAGAAAAGAUCAAGCAGACUUCAAGAUUUUACCAGCUGUAUGUAAAAAAUCAGGUCAAAAUAUAUCUGUAGACUUCUGCCAGUCAAUUGCAAAAGAUGUUUGUCGGGAUGCUCCCAGAACUGCAAGAAAUCUUGAAAAUCUGGCAGUUAGCAUUAGUAACUCUGUAAUAAAAGAUGCAAAAGAUACUGUUCAGUACCAAACAAUAUCAGGAAAGGCCCCUGAAAGUACCUUGUUAGUAAAUUCUGUUAAUGGAAAUGAUCUGUUUGAAGAAAAUCUUAAGAGGUUUUCAGAUGAAAUCGGCAAAGAAGUUAUGUCAAGUGCUUUUGAUGAUGUGAAAUUGAAAUGUAUGGUGACUGAUGAUGACAGUGAAGAUAAAUGCAAAAAGCAAAGGAAUGGGCGAACACAGAAUGUUACCUUUGCAGAAGAUAAUACACAUGUUGAUGGUAUGAUAGAGAAUGGCAACACAAAUGGCUUCCAUUAUGAUCAGAAAGGUGACUCACAGUUUCCAAAAAGAAUUGACUCGCAAUCAAACUUUGAUGCAGAUGAUGAAGAGGAAGAGGAAGAUGAUUCUAUUUAUUCUGAUGAUGAGUUUAAGUCUCCAGUUGUUAUUAGAAAUAAAAAUAAUUUAAAAUUGAAACUUCAUUCAGAUAGACCUCUGUCUAGUUAUGCGGAACAGUUAGUUGAUUUUCUGGCAGAUGAUGAUAACACAUUGGAUAUGUUUGAAUCUGAUGAAGAAUUUAAUGCAGUAUUAGAUAAGCUAGAAGAAAAGUACAAAGAAAAUGAAGAUCUGAGUACAAAAAUACAAAAACGGAGGAGACUAAGUGAGUGCCGUAGAAAAUCAGAAGGCUCCAUUAGUUCCAACAAAAUGGGAAAGCAUUCUUUGAGUGUUGAUGCCCUUGAUGAUACAUCAGAUCAAGAACGAUUCACAAGCACACUGUCUGAAAGUUCCUUAUUAAGCUACACUGAUACUGAAGAUGCAAUGAGGGGUGUUUUCUCUGAUGAUCAGCUCUUGAGUCCAAGCUCUGAAAUGCAGAGAACUGUUGUUGUUGAUGCUGGAUGUGGUUUUCUGAAGACUGGGUUAGCUGGUGAGCUGGCUCCACAUAUGAUUUUGCCUUCUGUGAUUGGAAUUCCAAGACGAUUUUCCCAAGAUGUUAGCCGGAUGACAAGAGGCUAUUAUGUUGGUGAUGAGGCAAUUAUGCAUGCUGGAAUGCUUCAGCUAGAUCAUCCAAUGAAGCCUGAGGUCACAAACUGGUCUGAUGUUUACAGUCUUCUUGAAUAUGUUAUUGAAGAAACAUUACAAGUUAAUGUUAGAGAACAUCCGAUUUUGCUCACCGAGAUUGGUUUGAUGCCAAAGAAACACAGAGAGAAGAUCACAGAGAUAAUGUUUGAAAGGUUUGGAGCUCAGGCAUUCUAUUUGGCCAACCAAGGACCAUUAUCAUUAUACUCAAUGGGGCUAACUACAGGCUUGUGUGUAAACUCAGGGUAUUCAAGGACCCAGUCGAUUCCCGUAUAUGAAGGACAUUCUUUACCUUAUUGCACUAACCAACUUGAUAUUGGUGGCAAUCAGAUUGCGAAUUACUUAGGGAGGCUGUUGUUGUCAGAGAGAGGCCUAGCAUUCAGUACAUCGUCAGAAAAAUUUCUCCUCUCAAACAUGAUGGAGAAAUUUUGUUAUGUUGCUGAGGACCUGAAAGCAGAAAGAGAACUGUUGAAGAAACGCUAUGAUGACGUAAGGAAAAUAUAUGAGCUUCCAGAUGGACAAAUCAUUGAUAUCGAUUCCGAGAGAUAUGAAUCCCCUGAGACACUGUACAAUCCUGAUCUUCUGGGACUGGAGCAGAGCCCUUUGCAUGAAAUGAUGAUAGACAGCAUUGCAAGUGCGGAACAAGACCUGAAGACGACGUUGAUGAAAAACACUGUGAUUACAGGGGGAACAACUAGAUUACCAGGCUUUACCGAGAGACUAGAAAAGGAACUGUCUGCUGUUGGAGACCACACUUGUCACUUCUCUUUAAAGAAAGCCAACAAUCCAGUCACUGCUACAUGGACUGGUGCAUCGGUUAUAAGCUCAUUGUCGACUUUUUCACAACAGUGUGUCACAACUGAUCAGUAUGCAGAAAUAGGUUCUCAAGUUGUGCACUUGAAAUGUUUUUAAAAGGCAGUUGGCUUCUGUAUUUGCAUCAAAUGCGCAAAACGGCAGCAUAGCGCAGGUUUUAGCUUUGUAGAAACUGUUCCCUUUAGUUUCAAUGUUGUUUUAAUUGAGUGAGGGUGUAGCGAUAGCGCAUUUUUUGCUGUUGUACUGUGGACAUCCAGCUGUGCUGCGACCAUAGAAAGUGAAUCACAAAGGGAAAUAAGACUAGCCAGUUUUGCAGGGGUAGUUAGAGGGAAUUAACGUACAAAAAGUGCGCAAGAUGUUUGUACAAAUUCGCCUCCAUAACAUCCUUCUUGCGCCCUGUAGCACCCCGCAGUACCCCUGAUACUAACUUGUGACUAGGCUGUGAUUAGGAGCUGGUCAGAGGAGAGCUCGUAAUUGUAUGCGCUGUGUACCUGUUGCCAUUUACAUAAUGGCUUGAUAUUUGGUCUGUGUUGGCAUGAAAAGUUUUGUGAGAAUGUUUUAUCCUGACUUGAUGGUUAGUUCAUCCUGGCUGCAACUGAUCUAGAUAGGAUAUUGUUGUCAUGUAGGAUAUCGCUUCAGACGGUUGAGAUGUAGUGAAAUGUAAUGAAACAGGCCAAGGCAGGGUAGUUAGAAGGUCUUGAAUGUUAAGUCCCACAUCUCGGUUUGAAAUACGUCCGAAGUGUUAAAUGCGCGCAUGCCAUUGAUCCAGCAUUCAUUCAAACUCCACCAUGUUUGUUUUCAACCACACUUUCAUUUUUGGGGACUUUGUUUGAAUACACAGGUUGGCGCUUAAUUAGGAAAUGCCUGCAAAACGUGGAUGGUAAGCUGCAAUGCGGCAAUACUGGCAAGCUAGCGUUCUCUGAUGAUUUUAUGUUUGUAAAUGGUUUUGAGUUGUGUAUUGUCUCCUGUGUGCUGUUUCAUAAUUGUAUAACAAUGACCAUGCUUGAUUGAAAGUAUAAAGUAUUAGUGUUAACAUAUUAAAUUACGGUGACUAAGUUAAUUGCGGGAUCUGAUUUUUCAGUAUUUAAAUAGAAUACGUUACCCUUAUGUCUUGUUUUAUCACAGUACUUUUAAACGUGUCCUCUAGUAUACACUGAUUUUCAAUACCCAGCUGCUUCAAGGGCUCAGUGCUUUAAAAUUUCACUGUAAGAUUCGUCUAUGAUGCCCUAUUUCAAUAAUGCCCUUCGUAAUUUUGCGUUGUUUGAAAGCCAUAUUAAGCCAGAGCAUUUUAUGUAAGAAGCUUUCCAACAUGCACAGCUAGCAAUAUCCAUAGAAUGUUUGCCUGUUUUCUAUUGUGCCUGGCAUACAAUUCCCCAUGUACUCCUUUGCAUAUACGCGUAAGGAAUCUUAACGACUUCAGCCCCUCGAUAAUCAUCAAGUCCUUUUAUGAUGCCAUUUGAUCGCUUUUAUGAUGCCAUUUGAUCGCUUUUUGAUGCCAUUUGAUCGCUUUUAUGAUGCCAUUGGAUCGUAGGGCAAUCACCCCUUUAGUUUUGAUCUUGUUAACGGUCUUGUAAGGCUGUAUGAUUUUUCAUAAAGUAAAUAACGUCUAGAGUAGAUGAGAUUUGUUUAGGUCAUGGGAAAUUUCACUUUGAGUUGAUACAAAUAACGCAAAAAGAGCGACUCGUAUACUGCUCUUUAUUUCUACAUCAAAGAGCAUUUUUUUAAUUGUUUCCUAAGAUACUCUCUGGAUUUCAUUUUGUACUUGCUUUUACUAUGAACUAAAUCAUUAGCAAAGUCAACAUACAAACGAAAUAGAUUGUUUUAUUCACAGAUGUGUAGUGGUGCUUCCAUUGGGAGCCGAUUAUAAAUAUUUAGUAAAACGAUAAAUUGUACAUUAUUUAGUUUAUUUUGAACAGAAUUGAUGAUUUAUAAAGUUUGAAGAUCUGGUUUGUGUUUGGGGAAAA